AUGGAUAACGAGCCCCCCUACGCAGGAGAUGAGGGACGGUCGUCGAGGCGAGGCCGCCUUAUGGGCAAACUGUUUGGAGGCAAGGACAAGAAGUCAUCCGACACUUCGUCGCAGGCCGCUCUCGACGCUUUCCUCCACAGCUCCGCCGACAAGCUCGACAUUACGCAUGCGCCCCCUCCCCCGCCGCCCUCAUCCCUGCCCAAGCUCGCCAAACUCGACACCACGAUAUCACGAUAUCCGCAAGCCCUCGCUGUGAACCAGCAGGCGCAGAUGAACCGGCCCGUGGCCCCAGGAAAGUACGACUUGUCGAACUCGCCAAAGAAGAGCCCGCGGCCGAACAAAAAGGGCCUGAUCGUGCGGUUCGCGGACACCUAUCCAGAGGUCAUAGGAGAGGGCGGCGACGAGUCUGAGGUGCCCGUCAUGGAAAUAGGUAAAAACAGAAGAGCGAAGCCGCCGCCGCCCCCCUCGCAUCGCAACCCACUGGGGCCCUCGACCCGACCGCCGCCCUCCGCUAAACCGCCCCCUACAAACUUCAACGAUGGCUUCGUACCAAAGCCGCUGUCACGGACGCAAACCGGAUACUCCUCCAUCUAUGAACCAGAAAACGACGCCGAGAAACCCCCUUCCCCGGUCAAGCAGCCCCAGAACAACGCCAAGAUGCUUGUCCCUGGCAGGGCAGCAUCUGCAAGGUAUCUUGGCACAUCAGACAGGCGGGAUGAGAACCGGAGAUCAUUCAUCGAAAUUCACCAAGCACAGAUGCGCGAGGCAGAAGGGAAAGCCUUUGCGCAGGCUGCCCGGACAGCCAGCGUAGCAUCCCAGCACAACUGGGAGGAAAGCGACAGACCGCCCACUGGUCCCAUCACGAAUUCACCCGAGUCAAUGCGGCGCUAUUCUUCGUCGCCCGAAGCGCACAUGAAGCGAGCGCCUGCGCCUGGCGAGUACAGCCCAGCUGGCUCGAUUGGUUCGAACACCUCCAGCGCGUAUCCCACGUCGAACCCGUCGCAGACCAAUGUCACGGCGCCACCUACCACCGCCCCAGCAUAUAGCGAAGGCCCUCCGCCCUCUGGUCCUCCACUGGCGGCUCGAAUGGCGUCAGUUAGGUUGAAUGAUGCGGUCGGGAGCGACGAGGCUCUGGCAGCAUUCGUGGCACGGACGAGACACCUAUUCGAGUUGUUCCGACUGCACGCCGAGGCCUCAAAGCCAUUGUCGAGUAGCUCGCCCAGAGACUGUGCACGCGCCGGCCUGUGGUGGUUCCUCAAGGGCAGAAUGGGCCUGGAACUCGCCAUUCGAGAUCGCCCGACGUCCCCACAGUCGCAGAUGCAGAACGAGCUGGACCGACAACAAGCGUACACUAACCUGGCAAAGGGAUACUGGGCUUGCGAGGAGGCGAUUCCGGAGGUCUCCCAAGCCCAGCGGCUGCGCGCGGAUCCUGAGGUUGAGACAGUCAUACAGAGCCUGAUAACGGCGCUGAAAAAGCUGUCACAGUCCAUGAAACGAAACGGGAUUCUGCCGCCUGAGGAGCCCUUCCUGCCCCAAACCAUCGAUAAGUCAAUCUGGGUCGACUACCCGCCUCUGAGCCAGGACAUGGUGGCACUGCUCUCGGGCAACUGGGGCUCCGGCCUGACGGCGAUGCAGCAUCCCAUGUCUACCGUCGAACUCAUGGAUGCGUUUCCAAUCGGCGAUAGCACGGAGAACUUCAGCUACGGGCGCGUCAUGGCCGAUGUGUUUCUUAUGGAACAAGGACGCGAGGCGCAGAGAAUAUACCUGCCCUGCAUACUUUCCGUGGUCCGGCCACAGAGGCAAAAGGGCCUCAUCUUCAUGAUUGCAAGUCAAAAUGGCAGCAUCCAGCUGGCGGUGCAGGACAACAAGAACGCAGGGCCUGUAUGGGACGAUGUACGUUGGCGCAGUGACACCUGCUCCUUCAGCAUCAGGCUGCCGCGAGGUUUCAUGCUGGCCGUGCAGUUGACGCAAACGGACUACAAGACCGUCUCGUCCAUGUACGAGUUCGGCUCCAAGAUUCAGGCCACCAUGAACGCUCGCAACGACGAGCUGCUUGUCUUCCGCAACACCCUACGCUCGUUCCAGUACAUGGAAUCGGAGCCGGCGUCUAGGGCGUUUCCUAAGGAGCCGGUACCUCAAUGCGAAGUUGCCUUGUUCGAGAGGAUAUAUCGGGAGAAUGGCCCGGCAGGACCACGCAACUGGCACUGCGGCUUCCGAAUCGCCGUCAUCACAGGUCCGAGGACAAGGACGGUGAAUGGAGUGCACCAUAGCUUCCCGCCGUCUCUUCCCGUGCAGUUUGGAUUCUUCCGCGCCGAAGGAGAUGCGCCAGCGCUCUCGGUCAAGUAUGAGAGUGGGAGGCAGAGAGGCCGCAUGGUGAUGACCUUUAGCGACGAAAAGGAGCGCGUCAAGUUCCACUCGCUCUUGACCGGAACGGCGCUGAACCACGACGAGAGAAUAUUUGCAGAUGUCCCAAUCAAGUCUUUCAUCAUUUCGCAGAGCAUCAAAGAGCCGCUGGGCGUCUCGCCAUUCUCACGGAUGCCCUGGAAAGUUGCAAGAGUCGUCAACGACGAGUUCACGCCGACUGGCGGAGACCAGCCGCCGACAGUGCUGGCCGACAAGCUCAAAGUUGUGCUGGAGUACCAAAACGGAACGGUGACCGACAGGGUCAACGUGGCACCGGGGGAGCUGAGAAUGCGGCUGGAGGUGUCCAACGCCAAGGUGCUACGGAUCCUGCGUCAGCCGCAGCAGGAUAUCACAAUGUCUGUGUCUGAGGCCCAGGUGUCGAAGGAACUCCCGAGAAAUAUUGCCGACGCGCUGCAGCUUCUCAAGGCCAACCAGACAAUCCGGAGCUACGAAUUCAACAACCUCAAGGACCUUCACGACUUCCAAGCGGCCUUGACCGGGUUUGAGGUCAUUUUCGAUGCGCUGGCUGUGACAUUCGGCAUCACCCGGCGGCGCAUGGUGGUGCCGAUCCACAAGAAGUGGGAGGCGGGAUAUACCAGGAUCCAGGUGGUGAGGCUGGAGGACCGGCAGCUGCAGCUGCUCGCGUUCUUCGAGGACUUCCAGCAUGGCCAUUGUAUGAACUUUGUCCUCAAGGGCACAGACGUCUACGAAAGCCUCCACAGGGGAAGUAAGUCGGGCAUCAGGUUCGUGGAUGCCAAAUUUCCGCUCCCUCGACUGCCGGCCGACAAGGACGGCGACUUUGACGAUAUGGCAUUUGUGUGCCUCGACCUCCCUGACCUCCCGGGCGAGCACGACGAUAUAACCCUCAUGUUUGAGAAGGAGGCUGAUCGAGACCGCCUCAUCGAGUGCUUGCCCGCGCCCGUGAAAGGGUCGUCUAGAAUCUCGUCACGAUUGAAAUGA